CGGAAAUUAUAGCGGAUUAACGUCACCCGGAUACUAACCCGCUAUAACAGAAAUUAUAGACGCUGCUAUUUAACAAGCUAACGUUGAUUGGGGCCACAAAUAGGUUUUUGCAACAUCAAGGAUCUACUACUUGGAUAUUGUUCUCCCAAACAUUGGUAUUUCUCGGUUCGCGACGGCAGAAAAAAUGAAUCUACGCGUUUUCUGUGUUUUGAUUAUGGUCUACAUUUUGAGCGCCGUCAUUCACGGGGAGACGUCCUCUCCAGAAUAUAUUUCGCAGAUGCAACUCUUGUAUCGCACCAACUUACAAAUAGAAUAUGUAGAGAGGGCAAUGAGACGUCAUUGUCCGGCACUGAUAGUAGAGCUGGGUUCUCUGGGAGUGCCACUUAGCCUCCUUAGGAAAAGAAGAACAGCAAUGGACCUGGACCAAGUCAGAUUGAAUGUGGAAUUGGCCAAGCACGUGCUGUCAACGCUUAAACUGAAGUAUCUGUCCCCGGGGUGUCAGAAUUCAAGUUGUUUGAAUUCAAGUUGUCAAAACGGGGGUUCAUGCAUUAAAGGUCCAGGCGAUAACGUUUCAUGCGCAUGCCCGACGGGAUAUACUGGCGAGAAGUGUGAGAUUAGGGCAGCCCCCGUGGCAUGUACAUCAACCUGGUUAUCAACUUGUAAAGAGACGUACGGAACUGGCCGCUGUUCUUUCAUCUGUCCGAUCGGCUGCAUUAAUUCAGGCACCGUAUGGGGGACAGGGAAUUAUACAGGGGACUCCAGAUUGUGCCGAGCUGCCAUUCAUGACGGCCGUAUGCCAGCAGCGGGUGGAGUGGCCACAGUGGUAGGUCUAGGACCCUUACAGUCCUUCAGAGGAACAACACAGAACGGGGUGACGACAGCCAGCUACGGUAGCUAUGGAACUUCCUUCCGUUUCGUUUAAACAAAAAGAAAGCGUCAGACAAUGAGACUUGUAAUACACAAGAAUCUCCUUUAGAAGUCUGCAUUAUUCCAUGUUUGAUGACGUGACGUCAGUUCUAGGCGAUCGAUCAUGACGUCAUAAUGAAUUAUCCCUUUAUGAGUACUAACGAACUGCACUACCACGCGUGUCUAAGCUUUGAUUCUCUCAUUUUUCAAUUCUCAUUUUUGUUAUCAUAUUCAGAAUAAAUGCAUCAGCUUGUAAGAAGGAGUAUGUUUUAAUUGUUUUGGCAAAGUCAGAAAUGAUGUUUUAUUCAGCACUUUCUUCUUCUUUUUAUUGUUAUUUUUUAUCAAAUUUGCAACCCGAUGGUUGGAUAAAUACAUUCUUUGCAUCAUACAUGUAGUUGAAUAAAAUCACUAGAGAAUAAGAAAU